AGCGAAGCGGGCUAAAUCGCGGCGUCAUGUGGGCAUGCGGCCCGGCAUCCAAAGGAGCCCACCGCCGUCGAGUCGUUAAUCCUCACCCGACUUGUUCCCCUUCCUUCCCUCGCACCGGCUCCUGCUAGAUCUCCAUCAAUCUCCGCGCGCUCUGCAUCAGAUCCACGAAUUCAGAUUGGAGCAGAUCCAGAAGUGGAGAUCCAGAUUUCAGAUCCAUUCCUCCUCCGUGGCCGCACCCGGGGGGUUAAAUCUGAACCCUACGCCAUGGCGGAUCUCGCCGUGGCGCCGCCGCAACCGGCCCCGGCCCCGGCGACGGACCUCUUCGGCGAGCCAAUCGAGGCGCACCCGCCGUGGUUCAAGCCCGACUCCUUCCUCCGCGUUGACUUCGACCCGGACGCCUACGUGGCCGAGCUCCGCACCUACGUGCCCCUCGAGAGCCUCGCCGCCGAGCUCCGCGCCCACCUCGCCGCGCUCCGCGCCGAACUCGUCGGCCUCAUCAACCGCGACUACGCCGACUUCGUCGGGCUCAGCGCGCGACUCAAGGGCGUCGACGCGGCCGCGGCGCGAAUGCGCGCGCCGCUGGCCGAGCUCAGGGACAAGGUCGCCGGGUUCCGCGCCGCGGCAGCCGCUGCGCUGGCCGCGCUCCGUGCGGGGCUCGAGCAGCGGGCGGCUGCCACUGCCGCUCGCGAGCUUCUAGAGCUGCUUCUCGACACCUCUCACGUCGUCUCCAAGGUUGAGAAAUUGAUCAAGGAAUUGCCAACCGCUCCAUCUGAUUCGUCAAAUGUUGAAGUGCAUUUAGUUGAUAAGGGCUACCCAAGCAAUGACCCUGGAGCACCAAAUGCGGAGGCUGGGACAGGUGUCAGAGAAACUCAAAGCAUUCUCUUAGAAAGAAUAGCCAGCGAGAUGAACCGACUUAAAUUCUACAUCAGUCAUGCACAGAACCUUCCUUUCAUUGUGAACAUGGACAAGAGGGUCCAAGGUGCCACAAAACUACUUGAUGGUAGCUUGGAGCGUUGCUUUGUGGAUGGUCUAGAACAUCGUGAUGCAAGAGUAAUAUACAACUGUUUGCGUGCUUAUGCUGCUAUUGACAAUACAUCUUCAGCUGAAGAUCUUUUCCGCAUAACGGUGGUGUCCCCAUUGAUUCAAAAAAUUGUCCCUCAAAACUAUGCAAAAGCAGUUGCUGGGGUAUCGUCUGAUGAACUGGAAGAUGAUUACCAGAAGAUAAAGCAAUGUGUAGAAAAGGAUUGCAAAUUUAUUUUGGAAAUAUCUUCAUCAGCAAACUCUGGACUGCAUGUUUUUGAUUUUCUGGCGAAUUCAAUACUCAAAGAAGUCCUUUCUGCGAUCCAGAAAGGCAAACCUGGGGCCUUUUCUCCUGGAAAACCUAAAGAGUUCCUGAAAAACUACAAAGCAAGCUUAGGAUUCCUUGAUUUUCUUGAAGGUUACUGUUCCUCCAAGUCUGCUGUAACAAAGUUCCGCUCAGAGCCUGCUUACACAGAUUUCAUACGACAAUGGAAUGUUGGUGUAUACUUUUCAUUAAGGUUUCAGGAAAUUGCUGGUGGCCUUGAUUCUGCUCUUACGGCCACAAUUAGCCCUGUUGGAAUGCAAGAGAAUCAAGGGAAGCCGAAAGCGUUGUUGUUGAAGCAGAGUAUUAAGCUCUUAGAAAGUUUGCAGUCCUGUUGGAGUGAUGAGGUUCUUGUUUUCUCGCACUCCGAUAAAUUCCUCCGUUUGUCUUUGCAACUUAUUUCAAGGUAUACCACAUGGCUUUCUUCUGGUCUGUCUGCACAUAAAGAUUCUGAUGGGAGCUCAAGUUCACUUGCAGACGCUGAAUGGGCACUACCUGUACCUGCUGAGGAUUUCAUAUAUAUAAUGCAUGAUGUACAUGCUGUAAUUGGUGAGCUUUCAGAAUCAGGCAACAUCAUUGGACAUGUAAAUCAGUUGCUAGCAUCAUGCCCCAUUGAAGUACUUAAUCUUGUGAAACAAAGUAUACUGCAAGCUGUUGAACCUUUAAAGGAACUGUUGCCUGCCAUUAUGAAUGUCAUGAUUGGAGUCAUACUUAAAAGGUCUAAUGAGGACCUGAAGCACCUGAAGGGCAUUACAGCGACCUAUAGGAUGACCAAUAAACUUCCAGCGAGGCAUUCUCCAUAUGUAUCUGGGAUUUUACAUCCACUAAAGGUGUUUCUUGAUGGGGAGCGUAUCCAUUAUUUAUCAGAAGAUGAUAAAACUAAGUUGCGCCAUGGAUCUACGGACAAGAUCACUGCAAUUUACUAUGAUUUGGUCUCCGAAGUUGUCAAUGUGGCAAGGAAAACCGAGUCUUCAUUGCAAAGGCUGCGCCAGGGUGCACAAAGACGAGUAGGGGCCAGUACUGAUGCCUCAGAUAACGCCAUAUCUGAUACAGACAAGAUCUGUAUGCAGCUAUUUCUUGAUAUUCAGGAGUAUGCACGGAAUCUCCGCGCGAUAGGAAUAGAUGCAAGAGAAAUUGAUUCCUACAGAGCUCUAUGGCAGUGUGUUGCCCCAAAAGACAAACAAGAAAACAUUCAGUUUUGAUGUAAAGAACGUUGUCAGUGUAUAGAAAUAUUUCCCGUAGGUCCCUCAACAUGCAUAGGUGCAUUUGGCGCUGUUCAUUUUGAUUACCGUCGAUGUAUCGUCUCAGUUGCCUCCGGAUUUUACAGGGAUAGUCCAAGAUUUGAGAAUGUGUAUCAAAAUCUGAUUUCAUCGAAAUACAUUCUGUUGGGAAAUGGUUC